GCCUAAUGCAAGAUGGCAACAAUCGCAGCAAACGCAUCGAAGCGCAAUCCGGUCGGUCCGGAAGCAACGCAACAACGUGCGCCACUAGCAGCAACGGGUGAAGGGGCGGGUGGGAUGGAACCGUUGGUGGUAGGAGUUAGGGUGGGCCAGUCGGGAGUACCCGCGGGAGAAGGAAACGCCAAAAAGUGCAAUGCCAAAGUGAGCGGUGCGUUGGGCCGAAGGAAAGGCAGUGGCAGUGGGCUGGAGGUGGGCCGCAGUGCCAAACCGUCCGGGUCGGCCUACGCGCCCUCGGCCCACUCGCUGAUCAACUACCUGUUCUAUCUCAUGUGCAUCACGGCGCUCGGAGCUACCGUGUACUCCAAUCUGCGCCAAACAUACGUAGAGGAUAAAUUAAGUAGUCUAGUUAGUAUCGAAGACCGGCUCAGCCUGCUCGAGGCACAGGUGAGCGAUGUAUAUAGGAGGAUCACGCUGCGCAAGAUGGAUGUUGCGGCCGCGGUUGCGACCGGUAUCGUCGAGCAGGAGGAGGCCGAGAGCAUGUCCGACGUAGUGCGGAAGAUUUCACAUCAGAUCGCCGAGUUGCCGCGGAUGCGACGCGACCUAUCCGCGCUCAAGGUGUCGCGUAAGGAUCGGCAAGCCGCAGUUCAGCAGACCGGCAACGAGUGCUUGUGUCCUGCAGGACCACCUGGACCACCUGGGCCACCCGGCAAAAGAGGGAAGCGUGGCAAAAAAGGAGAUCCCGGCGAUCCGGGCGUGGAGGGUCCCACCGGUCCACCGGGUAAAAACGGACUGCCGGGACCUCGGGGAGGAAAAGGCGAUCGAGGACUCAUGGGUCCGAUAGGAUUAGACGGACCGAAAGGCGAACCGGGUCGACCGGGAGACAAGGGCUCGAAAGGUGAUGUUGGUGCACCCCCGAUAGACGUGUUCCAGACGGUGAAGGGAUUAAAGCGAUCCGUAACGACACUGCGCGGUGGCUCGUUAGGCUACGCGGAAAUCGUAGCCGUGAAGGGUGAGCCUGGAGAGCCUGGACCACCGGGACCCCCGGGUCCGCCCGGUGCAACGGGCGCAAUCGGCUUGGACGGACGUCAAGGUCCGCCGGGUGAUCCGGGACUGAAGGGAGAUCCGGGACCGCCGGGCGAAAAGGGACCGGUCGGAAAUCCGGGAACGCCUGGUCUGCCGGGUGCAAAGGGCGAUCGAGGCGAUAAGGGUGAUCGAGGCCUAACGACACACUUCAAGGGUGAUCAAUUCCCGGCCGGUAUAAUUGAAGGUCCACCAGGACCUCCAGGACCUCCUGGCCCACCCGGCGAAAAGGGUGAUCCGGGACCAGAAGGACCUCCAGGCCCGCAGGGCGAGAAAGGACCGCGCGGCAAACGAGGCAAACGAGGCCCCGGAAAGGAUGACGAUUACGAUGAAGCGACAAUGACACAGUACCGUGGUCCCGUUGGUCCACCGGGCCCACCUGGACCACCUGGUCGUGAUGGAACGCCCGGUUCAAAGGGUGAGGCGGGAGAAGUUGGAGCACCAGGUUCGCUGGGACCUCGCGGACUGGACGGAAUGCCAGGUGAACCGGGCAUUGAAGGACCACCGGGGCUGCCCGGCUAUCAGGGACCUCCCGGUGAAAAGGGAGAUCCAGGUGAUAUUGGACCACCUGGCCUUAUGGGUCCGCCUGGCUUACCGGGACCACCCGGCUAUCCUGGAGUGAAGGGUGAUAAGGGAGAUCGAGGCGAUUCCAAGUUCCGGAAAAUGAGAAGGCGACAAGAUCACGAAGGCAUGGCUGAUGAGCCGCACCGAGAAGUUGUGUACGGUCCGCCGGGACCGCCAGGACCGCCAGGACCUCUCGGUCAUCCAGGGCCGCCGGGACCGCGCGGGUACGAUGGCAAGAAGGGUGACCGAGGAGAGAAGGGGCAGAAGGGUGAAUAUGGACCGAUGGGAUUGCCGGGUCCAAUGGGAAUGCGAGGAGAUUCCGGUCCAGUGGGCCCAGUGGGUAAACCAGGACAUCCGGGACCUCCGGGACUGGAUGGUAUGAAGGGCGCCCAAGGAGAAACCGGCAACAAGGGUGAACGUGGCGAUCCGGGACUACCCGGUACGGAUGGCAUUCCGGGCCAGGAAGGUCCACGGGGGGAGAAGGGUGGCAAAGGAGAUCCGGGUCCGAUCGGGAAGCGUGGACGCAAGGGCGACCGAGGCGAUAAGGGUGAUCAGGGUGUGCCGGGACUGGAUGCGCCCUGCCCAUUAGGGAUGGAUGGUUUACCGCUGCCCGGAUGCGGUUGGCGUGCACCGAAAGUGUACCAGGAACCGAUCAUUCCAUCACCACCGCACAAGGACUAUCUGCCCGAUGUGACAGGGACCGAGAACGAAAGUGAAUACGUCGAGGAAGAGGACGACGGGGCACCGGAAACCGAGGACUACGAGGAAGAGUACGUGGAGAAUGAAAACGGAAACUGA